CUUUGCUUGACUUUCGCCAUGAUGGCGCACACCAGUAGUUUGCGCCCGUUCUCGCCGAUAGCGUGCUGCCAUGGAGUCUGACGGUGUUAUUGUUGAACCUGCUCACCCUGUUUCUGAGGACAAUGUUUCAAAAGUUGACGAUUUAAAGCGAAGGUCUAAAGGUGAUGGUACUGAGAAUGGCGAUGCUACGUCAAACGGUCAGACCGAAGAACCGAUCGUUAAGAAAGCUAAAGUUGUGGACAUUCCUGAGAAAAUUGCUGAUGAAGGUCCUGAUCAAAGCGGUGAUAAAGAAGAAUCCUCAGACAGCAACGGGACUACGGAAUCUAAGGUCUCCGAUGCUGAUGAACACGACGAAGGAACCAAAGCAGAGGAUGAACUGAACGGUAGCUUGGAGGCGAAGGAUACUAAAUGCCCUGACUCCGACGACGAACAGUCCGCUCCAAACUCUGAGAGCAAUGAGGAAGACAAAGAAUAACUAUCUGCAUUUUUAACUCACUGCAUUUACACUUUUUGAUAACACUUUUCAUCGUUUAUAACACCGCACUGUCUUCUCCUCGGUUGUUGACUCCCGAGAUCGGCGUAUAUAUGCACAUUUUGUCAAUAUUGUUGAGACGCUGAUCUUUGUCCCUGAGGCUUAUUCAGCGUCAAUUUGGAGCAUUGUCGUUCACCUGCAUAUACGAGAAUUUCAUAAAACAAUUUUAGCCGG